GUUCAUGGUAUCCAGAACAUGAUACCCAGCAUGUGGCCAGAAUACCACCCACAGUCCUUGGCCCCAUCCUUUUGGAGAACAAAACCACUGAUGCCAUGGGGGGGGGGGAAGUCUACUUGAAUUGUCCCCAUUUGGAAAAAAAAAGUAGCCCAGCAACAAGAGAAGGUGCAUUAUGGGAACAAAAAGGGCUGGCCUGAGUCAUGUGAUCAGUAAAAAAAAUGUAAAUUCAUCUUUUUUUCUUUACACGCCUAACAAUUGGAUAUACCAUUCACAGUACAACCUUCUUCAUCCCUUCUUGCGAGUACGUUCCAAAGGGCUCUUUGAGAUUUAUUCGCAAGCCCUUGUGUUUAGGACUGCAGCCUUCUUUCAGUUUUUAAGAUCAAAAACAUUCACUGUCUUCAAGCAUAAAAGCAGGAAGUCCACGCUGCUAAAGAGUAACAAAUAUUUGGGAGUGGUGCCUUGGUUGGUUGCAACAGAAACAUGAAGGAGAAACCCAGGGGAUGGGCUGCCUCUUAUUUGCUGGCGGGGGUCAGCAGCUGUGGCCCUCCAGCAGUCCCUGGACUGUGAUCCUGUGAUCCCUAUCAGCCCUGCCCUCACCACUAGAGCCAUUGGCGAGGGAUCAUGCAGGGAUCAACAAUCUGGAAGGCCAUUGCUACCCACCUCUGGAGCUACAGGGACCCGUGGUCCUACAGAGCUGGCCUGCAGAAACCGGCUUCUUGUGAAUUACACGACGUAUCCUUGAUUUUGCAAGAUACAUCCUGAAUUUGGUUCCCAUGUAAAGGCAAAACAGAACAACUUUAUGACGCAUCUUCUCUGCAUUGCCACCUGCAAAGAAAGAUAGAUGUGGAUAAUUCUCUGUUGAGACCUGCUCUUGAUAUGACAAGCUGGUUCAAGGCAUUGCUGCAGAAGCCCCGGAAAGGUUCAAACCCAUCGCAAUGGCCCUUGAAUGAUCCAUCUGCGAGGCCUUCUUCAUCUCUCCCCACUGUGAGAGGCCGUAGCUCUCCUCCUGCCUCAGGAAACAGACCCAGACAGGUGCCCUCCGCUGACCAGGUAAAUGUCAACAGCUCCGAGAGUGCCCGCUGGAAUAAGUCCUACGAUGUCUGCAUCUGCCACAAUGAGGGUGACCUUGGUUUCGUGGAAGAGUUAGUCUCCUACCUGGAGAGCCAGCCUGAACACUUCCGCUGCUUUCUUCAGCCGCGGGACUCAGUGGUGGGAGGCGCCAUCGUUACGGAGUUGUGUGAUGCCGUGCAGAACAGCCAUUGUUGGGUUCUGCUCAUCACGCCUAACUUCCUCAAGGAUCCCUGGUGCCGUUACCAAAUGCAUCAUGCCUUGACAGAGUCCCCCAUGGCUAAUGGUCGCACCAUUCCCGUGCUGAAGGAUGUGGACCGCCGGGAUUAUCCCAGGGAGCUUCGAUGCAUUUAUUUCAUCAGUGUGACGCUCUGGGAGACGACCUUCAAGCAGAUCAGAGAAACAGUGAUGCGUUGUAAGUAAUCCGUUAGGACAGCAGAACUUGGAAGUUAUCUGCCAUCAGUAAGGGAGUUGCCUGCAACAAGUUGUGUUUCAGAAGUAACUGAAUGAUUGGGAGCCGUGUAACUGUUAGUAUAAUGAGUAACAUUUCCUAGUUCUUUUUAACCGGGGGGGGGGACAUUUUUGGAGGCACUUCAACAAGGAUUUUUCAAAUCUUGCACUCUUUUCUUAUCCUGGGAUCUUUUUUUCUCUCCCCCCAAAAAGUUGGGUUCUGCUCAUCAGUAGUAGAAAAUAAUAAGU